GCAGAUCCACGAAGAAGAAUUCGACGCUCUCAUGACUCAUCAGUACGCGACAAAGAUGGCCGCCUGUGGGCUAUUCCGCUCCCUGUCUUCCAACUUUUUCACGGUUUUGCCUUUACUUACCCGCCCGGCAACACUUUCACCGCUGCGGCUGGCAUCUCAACCUUACUUUGGAAGAACACUAGCCACUUCUUGUCGAUUAACAGCAGCACUUAAAUUCACAGACAAGCACGAAUGGAUCCGAGUAGAAGAAGACGGAGCUGUCGGGACUGUCGGGACUGUCGGGAUCAGCAAGUUUGCGCAAGAGGCUCUGGGAGAUGUAGUUUACUGUGGACUACCAGAGGUGGGAACACAGCUGGCUCAGCAAGAUGAGUUUGGAGCUCUGGAAAGUGUGAAGGCUGCCAGUGAGCUUUAUUCCCCUUUGACUGGAGAAGUUGUAGAGGUUAAUGCACUACUGGCAGACAAUCCCGGUCUGGUGAACAAAUCUUGCUACGAAGAUGGUUGGCUGAUGAAGAUGACCAUUGGCAACCCUGCAGAGCUCGAUGCUCUAAUGGAUGAAGCAGCCUAUGAGAGAUACAUCUGCUCCAUUGAGGACUAACCUAACACCUCUACACUAAUAAGUGCUACACGCCCCUUCUCCUUUUCAAACACUACUGGCAGGAAGAUCCACAAGUUGUGCCUGUGUCAGCUACAACGCUAUGCUUAGCAUCCACCAGUGGAGCUCCAGAAGGCUGACCUGUCAGUGUUGUAAAGCUGUGAAUAUUAGGAAUCCUUUAUCUACUGUUAAAGACUGACUUUAGGGGACCUGUGAAUCUGUACUGACUAAACAUCUUGUGUUGAGUUUUUGCAGUCUCAAGUCCCCAAACGGAAGCGACUGAGACUCGGUCAAUAGAGCAGUUUCCAUACAUUUCAUUCAAAGGAAAACUUGAAUCUCUGUUGUAGGACAUUGUCAGCACUUUGGUCUUUAUGGUAUCAAUAAUAAUGUUGGUCUGCUCUGCAUGUGUGAUGGCUAAAUUGUAGACUUUGGACCUUUUUAAAAUUAGAAAAUAAACAUUUCCUGAGACA